CCACUGAAAUAUGAUAAUCAGAACAGCUGCUUCUGUGUUCCCUGCGUCCAAUCAGAGGCGAGCUGGUUUGACGUCCCCGAGGCCUACGUCGACCAAUGGCGAUGGAGCUGAGUUGGAGCAGAGAAGUUUGAGUAAGAGAUAAGGAAGAGGCUGGCGGCCGCUGCGCGCUGAGUCCCGCACACUGCAGCGCCUCUGCCACUCGCUUCCCGAUCCGGAGUUGGCCUGUGCGGGUGCGCGGAGCGUUUUCUGCUCUCUCGCUCUCUCUCUCUUCCCUUCUCUCUCUGUCUCUCGCUCCCCGACCCCGACUUUUUUUCUUUUAAAAGGCUCCUCAUCAACAUCACCCUAGUAAUAAAGGAACCAAUUUGAUCCCAGCUCCUUGGACUGAUCCUCAGAGCGACUGAUCAAGCAGCCUCUCUCUUCCUUUCCAUUUGACAGCAUCUCCCGCUUUCCAAGAAGGCACAGCUUGUCUCCUUUUUGUUUUGUUUUUUUCCUGUGUGUUUCUGUUUUGUUUUUUACCUCUGGGAAGCUCCAUCGCAACCGUGCACCAUUUCACUGUGGACAUUAUACCCUCUUACAGAUAUGGGAGAUAUGGGAGACCCACCGAAAAAAAAACGGCUGAUUUCCCUAUGCGUCGGUUGCGGCAAUCAAAUCCACGAUCAGUAUAUUCUCCGAGUUUCCCCGGAUUUGGAAUGGCACGCGGCCUGCUUGAAGUGCGCAGAAUGCAACCAAUAUUUGGACGAGACUUGUACGUGCUUUGUUAGGGAUGGGAAAACCUACUGUAAGAGAGACUAUAUCAGGCUAUACGGCAUCAAGUGCGCCAAGUGCAACAUCGGCUUCAGCAAGAACGACUUCGUGAUGCGCGCCCGCUCCAAAGUGUACCACAUCGAGUGCUUCCGCUGCGUGGCCUGCAGCCGGCAGCUCAUCCCCGGGGACGAGUUCGCGCUGCGGGAGGACGGUCUCUUCUGCCGGGCGGACCACGACGUGGUGGAAAGGGCCAGCCUCGGAGCUGGGGACCCCCUCAGCCCCUUGCACCCCGCCAGGCCGCUGCAGAUGGCAGCAGAACCUAUCUCUGCCAGGCAACCGGCUCUGAGGCCACACGUCCAUAAGCAGCCGGAGAAGACCACCCGCGUCCGGACCGUCCUCAACGAGAAGCAGCUCCACACCUUGCGGACCUGCUACGCCGCCAACCCCAGGCCCGACGCCCUCAUGAAGGAGCAGCUGGUGGAAAUGACGGGCCUCAGCCCCAGGGUCAUCCGGGUCUGGUUUCAAAACAAGCGCUGCAAGGACAAAAAGAGGAGCAUUAUGAUGAAGCAGCUCCAGCAGCAGCAGCCCAACGACAAGACGAACAUCCAAGGGAUGACGGGCACUCCCAUGGUGGCGGCCAGCCCGGAGAGACACGACGGGGGCUUGCAGGCGAACCCGGUGGAGGUGCAGAGUUACCAGCCGCCCUGGAAAGUCCUCAGCGACUUCGCCUUGCAGAGUGACAUAGAUCAACCGGCUUUUCAGCAACUCGUUAAUUUUUCAGAAGGAGGCCCAGGUUCCAAUUCCACCGGAAGUGAGGUAGCAUCCAUGUCCUCUCAACUCCCGGAUACACCUAACAGCAUGGUAGCCAGUCCAAUUGAGGCAUGAGGAACAUUCCUUGCGGUGCUGAGGUCCUCAAAUGUUUUCGCCCCCUGCUGGAGAGAGUGGGAAAGCUAUCACGUUUGGGGACUUGGAGAGAAGGAGAAAGAGAAAUUAGAAAAUUAAAAGAAGAAGAAAAGUAUUUAAACACAACCGUGUUCAUGAACCUAAAGAAAAGAAAAACUCCA